AAAAACUCCAGUUAACGUGCUUUGAUUUUGCUCUAAAGAUUAACGUACUCCUUUCUCUUCGUCAACUCCUUAAAUCUUACUUCUUCCAAUAGCAUGGAUGCUGCAGUUAAUCAAUCUCUUUUAAGCUUUGUUUCUAUUAUUUUACUGUUAAGCUCCAUUGCCCUUGUUGCCGAGGCUCGUGAUCCUUUCAAUAUCCUGAUGUCUGAAAAAUUCGCCGGCGGUAGUGUUUCCCACAUCUUUGAUAUUGGCUUGUACCUUGGUACAAUCAAAGAGUCAGGUCCAAGUCACGGCGAGGGACACAAGUUCACCGAUAGUCUGACCUUUGGAGGCAUUAAGAAUGCUGGUCCGAGUCCUGGUGUGGGAAAUAAGUUUACUAAUAGCUUCACUCUAGGUGGCAUUAAAGACUCCGGUCCGAGUCCUGGUGUUGGAAACAAAUUAACCGAUGGCCAAACUCUUGGAAACAUUAAUAACGUCGAUCCUAACCCCAGUGUAGGAAAUAAGUUUACCAACUCCGGUCCGAGCCCUGGUGUGGGAAACAAAUAA